AUGCUCCUCACCACGGGUCCUCGCAGUAGUCCUCUAAUCGAGAGUAACCCCCUUAGCGCGGUGCCUGAUGAACCUUCUGCCCUGUCAGACCAGAGGGGGUUCUUGGCAGCUUUCAAGCAAGCGGCGUCGGCCCAGCAAGAGGCAGCGAGCGCCCUCAGAGACUCCUUUAAGAAAAAAGUACGCGUACUUGCCCCGUUGAUCUAUUCAUCCUCUCGUGUGAAAGCUGCCGCCAAAGCAGCAGAGGAUGCCAAGAGGCGGCUCGCCGAAGAGAGGGAGGCCCGUAACGCUGAGAAGGCUGAGACCAGCAAGAAGAUGGAGGCCGCGACUACUCAGUAUAAUACGCAACGCCGCGCGCUCUCGGCACAACUCGCUAGGGCCAAGCAGGAAAAUGAGGAGAGCACGAAGGAGUUCCAAAAGCUCUUUGAGGAUCGCAAACAGGAGGCAAUACGCGAGAAGGCUUACAUGGAAAAACAGCUGAGCCUCGCACGGGGAGAGGUGACGAAACUGAAGGAACAGCUACAGAAGAGCACCGAGGAAGUCGACCAGGGCCGCAAGGAGAGAGCUUCACUCAAGCGAAAAUUGUCUGAUGCUGUCCCCGGUGUUGCAGUGUUGGACUCCCUUGCCUUCGGAGAGAGUCUGCUAGUUGAAGGCUGCAGCUCUUUUGAUACGACAAUCCAUCAGACCAGGAAUAGCAGCAAGAGGACCACAGCUCGAGCAACUGCUGCAAAAACUACCACCACCACUGUGGCAGCCUCGAGGCCCACACGAACUACUACCACGCGGACCUCAACAAGACUAGCAGCAGGGGCCCGCGGUCCGGCCAGGGGAGCUAAUAAGCACCCCUCACCCGAGCCUAAGGUGACCUUUGCUUUCCCUUGCCUUGCAUAG